CUUUAGGUUUAGUUCCCCUGUUGCGUUUAUUCGGCGAGCAUAGUGAACUUGGGUCCCCCAUGUUUCUCGUGCGUUACGCGGCUUUUUGUUUUUUUAUUUUUGGCCGCCUUUGUUAAUUUUUUUGGCCUCGAUUUGGAGUACGCAGAAUUUACUGGUUAACACUGGACAAUAUUUGCUAAUACAGGAGAUCCUAUAAUUGUUCCAAAGAUGACUUACGACUGUGGCUCCUGUAUUGUAAAAUACAUCCUUUGUGGAUUUAAUUUUGCUGUUUUCCUAGCUGGAGGAGCUCUGUUAGCUAUAGGAAUUUGGCUCCUAAUGGAUAUGAGCGCGUUCAUUACAGUUCUUCAGUUUGUUCCAGAAACAAACUAUACAGAGAAUUUUACGUCACCAGCGUUUCUUCAAAGUGCAUUAUAUGCCAUGAUGGCAAUCGGUGGCAUCACAAUUAUGCUAAGUUUUCUAGGCUAUUGUGGGGCGCUCUCUGAAUCUAACAUUAUGUUGACACUUUACGGGAUAUUGCUGAUUCUUAUUCUAGCACUAGAGAUUACAGCAGGAGUACUUGCAGCAGUUUAUAAAAAUCAGGUGGAAGAUCAAACCAAAACAGUAUUAACCGAAUUUGUUCAGGAUCACUAUGUAACACCGGAUGCUAAAAAUCCAGUUUCAAUGUCAUGGGAUGCUAUACAAAUAUCUCUUAAAUGUUGUGGGGUAAAUGGGUAUCAAGAUUUUGCAGAAAAUGAAUCAAUCAACAACAGCACCAACGGAUGGCGUAUUCCUAGUUCUUGUUGCGCCCUCAGUUUGGACGGAAAACCCCUAGAUUCCGGAUGUAUGUCAAAUCCAACGGAUUCAAAUUCUUAUUAUCAAAUAGGAUGUUAUAAUAAAGUAAAGGACUUGAUACUCGUCAACAUGAACAUCGUAAUCGUGGCCGCAGCAACUUUAGCAGGAGUAGAAAUAAUCGGCGUAAUAUUUGCAUUUUGCUUGGCAAAUUCGAUUAACAAGGCUAAGUUAGGUUACUAAUAAGGUGGUUCCUUUGUACAUUUGUUAUUAGUUGUCAAUAGUGAGUUUGUUCACUAAAAUUCACUACAGAGCUCAUAUAAUUUAUAUUUAAAGCUGUCAGAACGAAGUGAAAUUCUGAUAUAAUAGGAAUAACGAAUUGAAGAUCGAACUUCGUGUUUAUAAGACACUAAUUAUUGUGAUAUAAAAGUGAAUACAAGAGCAAGUUUAAUUCGCACAUUAAUGUUUGAAUUGUGUCAGCCACAAAUAAAACAAAGAAAAUAUUGACUGACUAUAAUCACCAAUUGAGGUGCCUAUGUAGUAGUAUUUUAUUAAAAAAUCGGGAACAACUAUAUAUCUAAACAUUUUCAUAAAUAUUUUAUAUCUUCUUUUUUAAUUCAUAAAAGUCUUAAUAUAAAAAGUAUAAAUUGGUGUAUAAUCUUAGUGCACAAUUCAAUAUUUUGGUAGCCACCUUGUCGAAAAAAUAGUAUUAAUAUAUGUAGUUAUUAUGUAAUGUGUCAAUAAAUGUUUUUGUAUAUUUCUGUAGGUAUAUUUGUUAUUUAUAUAAUUGAUUUUUGAUAAUGUUAGGUACAUAUAUUGAUAUUAUAGCUUUA